CUAGUGAAUAUGACUCAGGUAGCUUCGGUUUCAUUUUCAUCCAGCCUUACCCUUUCCAAGAAAUGAAAGGUGCAAACAGAACCUGAAAAUUCAGAACAACUCAGCACUACCAGUGGAGCAACAUCAAUCUGCCAAGAUGGAUAAGAUGUUCAAAUUUCUUCAAAAGCACAGACUGGAGCCCUACUAUAAAAAAUUUCUCACUUUUGGUGUCAAAGAUGCGAGCGAUUUCAUUGAUGGCGUAAAUGGCGAAGAUUUAGACAAAAUGGGUUUAAGUCAAUUAGAGAAGAUUCGCUUUGAAAAAAUGAAAGAUUCCAUCCAAAGACUCAGAGCGCCACAGCAAGCGAUGCCUGUACAAAAAUCAAUGGAGGCUUUUAAUCUGCAGUACACAUACCCCCACUGUCCUGAGCCAAAAGAGAUCACAGACAUGGAUCCUGCUACCAACACCGUUGAAGACCUGAUGCUAAGGAUCUGUCACCAAGAGGGCAUUGAGAACUCUAAAGAUGUGUGCCUCUACACCAUUGAGGGAAUGCCUCUAACUGAUGAUCCUUUCUUCAACACAUGGUCUUUGAAAGACAGGCACAUUCAAAAUGGAGGUAAGCUUUAUGCCAUGUUUACACCCAGGGAGAACCUGAAACAAGCCCCCCAAACGCCACAGCGAGAGAUGAAUGACAUCAUACGAGAGGAUAAUGUUCGAUGCCACAUCAUGCUCAAGGGAGACUUUGAGGUCAAGGUGGACUUGGCAAGUGACACACUACGAGAUCUGAGACAGAAGCUCUCUGAUGAAAGUGGAAUCCCAGCACAUGUCCUCCAUUACAAACGUGAACGCGGUGGAGUUGGACGGACUUUGCUAGAUUGUGGAAUCAAUAAGGAGUCAACUGUGGGCUUUUCUCUGUCCUCGUUCCCUGAUGAGCGUCCAGACAUUAAGGAAUUCUACUUCAAUGAUGUCGUACCCUCAGUGCAACAAUCCCAGAAAGGACUCAGUGCUUUCUUUUCUUCACUUUAUGCCAUUAACAAUAAACAUUAUGGAGAGGGAAUGAACAAAGUGAUUGCAUACAUUCGAAAGCUCAGUGGAUGCAAUCCUCUGGCGCAAAGUCUGCAUCAGCUGUUGUGCAGAAAGGAGAUUGGAACAACGACCCAGAAGGUUGCUAUCGUUGAAGGAUUGUACAAUCUCUUCAGAGAGCUGUUGCCAAGCCUCCACAAAAGAAGAGGUGACAAAAUCAUUGAAGACUCAGAUGUUUUUGAGAAUGCACCAGUGUGCUGGGCCUACCUGUUAUCUGAAGCAAAGAAAGAGAGUUCACAACAUGAGGUCUAUGUACCGAUAGUCUUGAACUCUCAACCUGGAGAACGUUUCUGCGACCCAGUUCGAGUACCUGGGUUACCAGAUGUCUUUGAGAGAGAGUAUGUUCUGCAGAAAAUCAAAGAUGGAGAGAAAAUCCCAAACUGCUCUGUGGAGAUCCUGACAGAGAAUGCAAUGUCUAGAGCCUCUGAUGUUGAAAAGAUUUUACUCAGCCUACCUCCAUCCAUCAAGACAUUCCCUGUUUGGAUUUCGUAUGGACGUGUAACUGGUCAAAACUUUCAGAUCAAUCUAGAUGGGACAUUUACAGAGAUGACUAAAGAAUUGAAAGCAUACCCUCAUCUGACGGUCACUCCACCACUGCUGUUGAAGGAUUUAGGAGUGGAUGGGCCACGUCUCGUUCUUUUUAAAGAAGAUAACCUUGGUGUUUACAUCGGUAAACAAAAAGGAUCUCCUCAGGAUAUCAAGGUUUUUGAUUGUUUAGCUGGGAAAUGCAAAACGUUUAAUGUGGACGAGUUGGCUCAUGAAAUGAGAGACACCAGGAGUGACCAGACAUUCAUGACCAGCAGGACACCAGAAGAGGCCAUACUGGUGCUAGUGGAUUCAAGCUCCUCCAUGAAUGAGACAUGCUAUGAUUCCCAUGACAACAUGACACGGUUGGAUGCUGUUAAACAGCUCUUUGAUAACUUCGCAACUAGAAGCAUGGCGUACAAUUUUCAUCAUGUCAUUGGCUUGGUGAAGUUUGACUCAUCAGUUAAAACUCUCCACACAUUUACAGAGAAUUUGGAGACCUUUAAGGAACACGUACACAGUCUGGAGGCCAAUGGAUGCACUGUGCUGUAUGAUGCCUUGAAACGUGGCAUGUCUCAACUGAAACAAGUUGGAGAGCAAUUUCCAGACUGCAGACUUCGCAUCAUAUGUCUCACAGAUGGGAAGGAUGAUGGGUCAAUGACUGAACCAGAUGCUGUCACAACCAAACUGAUGAGCCUGAACAUGGUUGUUGAUGCCAUCGUUGUUGGAAAGGUGGACAACAACGUGCUGCUUGGAAUCAGCAAUGCAACAGGAGGGUGUUGUUUUAAACCAGAGACGAGUAAAGCUGGUCUGAAGCUUUUUGAAAUGGAAACUGUUCUGUCUUUGGAGAUGAGGAAGCUGAAGAAGAAAUUGGACCCAUCCUACAUUAAGAACGAGAGCAUUCUAGUUGCUCUCUUCGCCAACCAAGGUUAUGACGAGAAGCCAGAGGUUGCUCUGCCAAGUCAACUAAACGAUAAAGUGACCUUAACAGAGAAUUCAUUGAAAAAGAACAUAAAAGAAUCCAAGAGCAGACGCUUUUUGGAGAAGGACAAACGCAUUCUAGAAGAGCUGAAGAGCCUGCACUGUGACCCACAUCCAUUCUGCACUGUUCUGCCUUCAGAGUCAGACUUUACGUUUUGGAAGAUUCUCAUGCAAGGCCCUCCUGAUACACCUUAUGAGAAUGGAGCCUUUGAGCUGUACUGUCAGUUUGGAGCUGACUACCCCGUCAAACCUCCACUUGUGCGCUUUGUCACACCUGUGUACCACUGCAACAUAAACAGUGUGGGUCGUAUCUGCCACAACAUAUUUGACCGCAGCUACAACGCUCACAUAACCAUGAGAGAGAUCUUGGAUGCUGUAUAUGGACUGCUCAUCGUCCCUGAACCUGAUGAUCCACUGGACAGUAUUUUGGCAGAGGAAUACCUGACCAGCAGAGAAAAGUAUGAAGAAGAGGCCAAGAAGAACACAGAGGAAGUUGCAGGCCAAUCAAUGGAUGACAUGGAGAAGAAAUUGGUGGGUGAAGAGUUGACUGAGAAGUUUAUUCCUCCACAUCUGAUUUGUCCACUAACCCAAAAGAUGUUUGUUGAUCCAGUAAUAACCAAAUAUGGAACAAUCUAUGAGCGAAAAGCGAUUGAUAAUCAUAUAAAAAUGUACAGGAUUGCGACUGAUCCAAAAACAAAAAAAUUCCUUAGAAGAACUGACUGCAAGCCACACCCAGACAUGAAGAAAAUGGCAAAGGACUAUCGCGAACAGCAGAUUCAGGAAAAUAGUGAUUAAAACACAAUAUGAUAGCCAAAUGUGUGUUCAAAUAAUGUUAAUGAUGGCGAUGGAAGUGGUACCCAUUGAGUUAUUGAAGUAUGAUAAAAUGUAAAUGUUAUUCAUUGAUUUCUGUACUGACAUUUUCUAGAGGGCUUUUAUUUUCUGAGGGGUUGUAGUAUCUACACACUUUAUGUGUAGCUAAGAUGUAUAUCAGUGGUCAUUUCCUGUUACUCUGUUAUCAAUCAGUAUAAUUUCUUUAUGUACAUUUUUUUUUCACAGUUUCCCAGGAGAUUCCCAAUAUCUUGAUAGAGCGAUGUGGGUUACUUUUAAAUGCUGUUAAGGAAAUUCAAUGUGUGAGAUUAGUCGAAGGCCCACAAUGAGGGUGGUGCAGCGGCUCUCAACCUUUUUUGGUUACUGAACCCCAAUCACAUUGUGCUCUGCCAAGUGCAGUGCUCUGCCAAACCCCCCCCCCCCCCCAGAGAUGCUUUUUUUUCUGCCACUUGAUGGCGCUGUGUGGCAACUAUAUCACUUCAUGGCCAUUUACCAGAGUUCUCUGUUAACACGUGAGACAAUCAGUUGUGGGAAAAGUACCCAAUUGUUAUGCUUGAGUUAAAGUAUAGAUACCUUAAUAGAAAGUUACUCAAGUAAAAGUCACCAAUAAAAUACUACUUGAGUAGAAGUCUAACCAUAUUUGGUUUAAAAUAUACUUAAGUAUCUAAAAGUAAAUGUAAUUGCUAAAAUACACUUAAGUAUCAAAAGUAAAAGUAUAAAUCAUUUCAAAUUCCAUAUAUUAAGCAAAGCAGUCCGCACCAUUUUCUUCUUUUUAAAGUGUACUGAUAGCCAGGGGCACACUCAGACAUUAUUUACAAAAGAUGCAGUGAGUCCGCCAGACCAUAGGCGGUAGUGUUCUCUUGAUAAGUGUGUGAAUUUCACAAUUUCCUGUCCUGCUAAGCAUUCAAAAUGUAAAUAGUACUUUGGGUUGUCAGGGAAAAUGUAUGUAUGGAGUAAAAAGUACAAUAUUUUCUUUAGGAAUGUAGUGAAUGAAAAGUUGUCAAAUAUCAAUAGUAAAGUACAGAUACCACAAAAAAACUACUUAAAAGUAUUACUUUAAAGUAUUUUUAGUACUAGUAAUCAAUCACUCCUUGUUGUGGAGAAGUGUAAAUAAAACUAUAAUGCAACUGAAGAGAUCAUUAUAGAAAUUACAAGUUCUUAUCUUUGGUGUUAUCUUUGGUGAAAGGAUAGGCCUAUAUACAUUUUAUCACGGUCAGUUUUACAUUUGUGUGUGUGUUCCUAAUCUUAGACAUGUGUUGGGGCCCGUGCACAUGCUCUCACAACAAUUUUAUGAGGUGUUGAAAAACAGUUCACACCAGGAUGGGUUCAUUUAGAAUUCACAAUGAUGAAAGCUCUACUGGAUGAAGACAUUCAAUGAUAUACUGUUAAUGAAGACAUUUAAUGAAAUACUGUUAAUGAAGACAUUCAAUGAUAUACUGUUAAUGAAGACAUUCAAUGAUAUACUGUUAAUGAAGACAUUCAAUGAUAUACUGUUAAUGAAGACAUUAAAUUAUAUACUGUUAAGGAAGACAUGAAGUCAUAUACUGUUAAGACAUGAAGUGAUAUACUCUGAGUAAAGGUGAUUUAGUGGGAGACCUUAAAGUGGGAGAAGGCUCUCUGAAUGAUCAUAGGAAAGCAUCACAUUUUGGGGACAGUUCCACCACCUAUCCAGAUCUAACUCUGAAUGUUUUAUGUUUCUGAGGAGAAGAGCAGUAGAACCUUGGCUAUAGAUGAGAGGUCAAACACCAGGUGGUGUUUCUCUGGUAAAGACCAAGUAUUUGAUGUGUGGCGUAUCAGUGUGUGUGUGGUCAGUAAUGGAGAGACUGAAUGACCGUUACAGUCUGGUGGUGGUCACGAUUGAUAACAGCUGCUGCUGUGGCUGUGCCACCCAGAAACACUGUCUGAACAGCCACUAUAUACUUCUAUACCUUAUACUUAAAUGCAGAAGACACAUUUCAGUUGAAUACAUUGUUGGACAACUGACUAGGUUUCCCCCUUUCCCCUAUAUACCCUAUACCCAGGGAUAGAUUUGGGAUUGUGUUUUAUGUGUGCCUAUUAUUUAGAGGUUUUCCUGUGAUGAUUCUAUCAACAUGGUUAUAUUAACCACUCAGUGUACACAUGGCUACCCUGAGAGGACAGUAGGUCUAACAUACUAAACAUACUAAACAGAAACUAAUUUAGCUAGGCACAUAUACUUGUAUUACUAAAAAGGAACUGCCCACUGGAACUGGGGUUUCUCCACUAAACUCGACUCAACACAGAGCCAAUGUUACAGUCUGUCAGAUCCUGAUAACAGACGUCAAUGAGCUUGGGAUCAACUGAAAUGAAGCUGUUGCAUGGAGUACAGAGUCUGCAGGACCGUGUGAAUGACUUCUCUUUCCUCCACGGAUCCUUUUCAUUCUCCAUGCGUCAUGGUUAGGUGCGCACACAUCCAAACUACUCGUUUUUCCAUUGCUUUCAAUGAACAUAAAGUGUAAAUCAACAGUCAUUAAACUUCUCAAAGGGCAGUAACGAUGAGGUCAUGCAUGUUCGCUAGUGAGCCCUAAUUGUUUUGACCCGUCCUUGGCUCUGGGUUUGUUCAUGAGGGGAUGCAAUGGAAAAGGUUUAAAAACAUUGUGCAAUAAAAAACAAAAAUUAAAGUUCUUUAUUGGAAGAGU